AUGUCGAAUCAACCCCAGUACAACUACUAUCCGCCUCCUCCGGGGCAGGAGGCUGGUCAGGCCCCUCAGCCAGCCCCAUAUGCUCCCCAACAGCAUCCCGCGGGCUAUGGACAACCCUACCAGUCGUCGCCCUAUGGACAGACACCUGUCCCAGGCCAACAGCUUGGUCAGAUCCCUCAGACAGCCCAGUAUAACCUUCAACAGCACCCAGGCGUCCCUGGACAGCCCCUGCCAUAUGGACAGACACCUGCCCCAGGGCAGCAGCUUGGCCAGCCUCCUCAACCGGUCUCGUACAGUCCUCAGCAGCACUCCGGUGUUCCUGGGCAGCCCCUACCAUACGGACAGGCACCUCCGGCGCCAGUAACUCAGCAGCCCACAGGCCCCGUCUUCUCUGCCCCGCCGUCCACCCCGGCAGCUAUCCAGUCCACUGCCAAAUCAUUCUACAAAGUGGGCAAGGGCCUUCUCGGCGAUCUUGCGAGUAACAUCAAGAACAAGUACCCGGGCGGCGCUCCUGUUGCCUCCUCUCCAGCUUCGGCCCCGAGUGCACCGCCUUCGACCGGCACUUACUCGGCUCCCCAUCCGGUUCCCACCUAUCAACAGCAUCAUGCUCAGGGUUCUGUUCAACAUUCCCAGACCUUUCCACUGCAGCAUGGACACGAGCAGGGAAGUGCUAGUGCACCUCCGCAACCUCAGGCUUACAACCCACCUACCAAGAAGCCUUCUCGCACUUACUAUCAUCCCCCAACACCGCCUGGGCAACAUGCUUCUCUUCCGGGCUCCGCUCAGGUUCCUCCUGCAACUCAGCAGCCGUAUAACCCAGGACCAACUUACGUAACUGGUCCUCUGGUUCAGUCACCUCCAGAUACCUCUUCUCCAUAUCAGCACCUGCAACACCACAACAGCUUCCCGUUUCCGCAUGGGGCGACGGUUCAGCCACCGGUUCAAUCACCACCUGGUGCUGUUCCCGGCCAGGAACAUGUUGCCGGGCAGACGCCUCAUCCCGGACAGCCAUAUCAACCAUCGUAUACUGCGCCGCCAACUCAGUAUGCCAGUCCCACACCAACUCACCCUUCUCCUUCUGCGCCUCCUCAAUAUCAGCAACCCCCAGCGCCCCAGCAGGGCGGCUAUACGAGCCCACAGCAACCGGUUGUUCAGUCGCCAGUGGCUACAUCGCCUCCUCAUGCUGUUCCACCUUAUGGCCAACCCACUGCGGCACAACAGCCUGCCCAGCCCGUCUACCAACCGCAGUCACCAGCCUACCAGGUCCCCCCGAUUGGGCUGGCGUCGUCUACUGAACAGGGAAACCCUCACACUUCCUAUAACCUGCAGGCCGUUCCGCAGCCGCCGCAAGCUCCAGGAAUACCAUCUCAGCAGGCAACUCCAGGUACCCCAGGUCAUCACGCACAAGCUAGUGUCAGCCAAGUGGCUCCUCACGAUGCUCAAUACCCUCCCCAGGCAAUCCCACCGCCUUAUCAGACUCCAGCACCGUUAGGUCAGCAGACUCCGACAACGUUGCCACAGGAAACUGGUGCCCAUCCGCCUUCAGCUCAACAACCCGCGGUUCCCUCCCCGGCACAGAACCACAACUAUCCUGCUCAAAGCCCAACGACGCAGGCCCAGGCUCAAGCUACGCAGCCUGCACAGCACACCAGCCCGGCUGCUAACCAGCAUCACUACUAUCCGCCUCCGCCGCAUGGAGAUCCUCCAGGCUCGACUCCGGUUCCAGGUGCCCCUGGGCCGGUACCAGCGACAACGGUAGAAACCAACUCUCAGGUCUACAGUGCCCCUGUCUAUGAUCCAGCCUCGCAGACACCGCAAACACCAAGCAGUCAACCAGCUCACCAGGCUAGUCCAGCAGCGAAUCAGCACCAAUAUUGCCCUCCUCCACCUCCCGGCAAUGGAGCUCAUGUGCCAGAGCAAGCUGCGAACACACAACCUGUUGUUCAGGGCACUCCUGCUUCGAACUACUACACUCCUCCUCCUCCUCUACCAGUUGGUGGAUAUCAGCCUGGUGCCGCCUCUACUCCAGCGGCUUCUGUUCCUGUUCCAGCUCCUGCACAGCCGAACGAUUUCGGAGCCAGCAACCAGCAGGGUGCACAGCCUGUCCCGCAAGCUGCUCCUUCGCGGAACCAUGAGCACGAACAAUACUUCCAACCUGUUCCUCGCCCACCGCCUCAGCCUAUUGAGAACCGACAAGAACAUGAACAGUAUUUCCAACCCGUUCCUAGACCGGCGCCUCAAGCUAUUGAGAACAGACAGGAACAUGAACAAUACUUCCAACCUGUUCCUCGCCCACCGCCUCAGCCUAUUGAGAACAGACAGGAACACGAGCAAUACUUUCAGCCUGUCCCUCGUCCGCCCAUCCCGUCAGCAGAACCGCCUGCGGCCACCACGACGGUGCCAGGCUCAACCGCUCCAGCAGGUCAAUACUACGCUCCACCACAUGGACAGUCAUCGUAUGUUCAACCAGGGACGGGAGUACCUCCUGCACCUCAGUAUGCCCCUCAGCAAGACCCUGUUGCUGCACUGUCGAACCAAAUGAACACCCUCAGCGUUCAAGGAGGACAGCAGUACCCAGCGACACAAUAUGGUGGACAAGAACUCCCACGAGGGCCACCGGCAUAUCAAGCUACGGGUCCUGAUUGGCAGGUUAUGCCAUACUGCCCCGAAAACAGAGUGGUGGGAUACUCACUCGACUGGUACCGUCUUCCAGAUGUUCCCGAGUUUUUCAUAUGCACCAGAUGCCAUGCCGAUCACAUCGCAGCAACACACCUUGCAGGCCAGUUUGAGCGAGUCAAGCAACCCGAUGGUUCUGCGUCCAGCUGUGGCUUCUACGUCCCUCGUGUGAAGGAGGUCCUCUGGCCACAGGCUCUUCAGAGCAACGACCUAAGCGCCCUCCGUGCUUACAUGAAGAAGCGUCCAGAGGUACUUGCCUGCAAGGGUAAAGCCCAAGUCACUGGGGCUGAGGGCUUCAAGUGGUUCCAAAUGGCACAAAACGAGAUCAACGGUUUCGUUACGUGUGAGGCCUGUUACGAGGAUCAUGUGGUAGGAACGCCUUUUGAGCAUCAAUUCUCACCUUCUCGGCCUCAUCCGCAAGAGGAGAAGUGGACGUGCGACAUGGCCAUCCCAUACGUGCAGAAAAUGGUGACACAGACGGCAAAGCAGAAUGACUGGCAAGGCUUCGUAGCCGCCGCCAAAAAGCGUCUUGAGCUUCCAGUCUGCGAGGGUGAGGUUGUCGAGGCUAGCAGUCGCACUUGGUACCUCCCACGCCGCAAGAUCAAAGACAUGUAUGUCUGCGAGGCGUGCUACCUGGACAGACUAGCUUUGACGAGGUUCAACGGCGAAUUUGAGCCUUAUCAGCGACCAGCUGGCUUUGACGGCUUCCUAGCACAACUCGGAGAGCGAUGGGCCUGCGAUUUUGCAGAUAACAAGAUUUCUAUGUCGUUUGCUUUAGAGGGGGCUAUCUACCAACGCAACUUUGACGUCCUCUGGAACGCUGCUAAUGCGAUUCUCAGUCUUGUCCCUUGUACCAAGCAUGGUAUCAUCCGGGGCAAGUGGUGGACAGUGACAGGCGGGUGUCCUGACCUGAAUAUCUGCGAAGCGUGCUACAAUGCUAUCCUAAUUCCUGCAGGUGUCGGUCACUUCUUUGAACAGGCUGAGCGAGACCAGACCGUCGACAUCGUGUGCAACUUUUGUCCUUCAGGCUCGCGCUUUGGCGUGUUUCUUCUCAAGUUUGCCGAAGCACUCGACAAGGGAGUUUUCAGUUAUUACUCGGACUACGUCAAGAAGUGGGCUGGUGUGCCUGUAUGCCCUGGUAUCAAGCAUAGAGAGAAGGGAAGAUGGUGGGGAUAUGGCGAAGCCCUCUUCUGUCCGGAUUGCUACCUGAGCUUCGUGGCCGAUACACCCCUCGCAGACUCUCUUCCCGUCAAGGAUGUGUACGAUGAGCGAGCCCUCGUCUGCCAGAUUUGGUCACCGAGAAUGCGCAAGAUGUGGCUCGAAGUCUGCGCAGCUGGACCACCUGGCUCUCCAGAAUCCGAAGCAGCGUUGAACGAGUUCAGAGCAUUCGGCACCAAGCGCAUGGAAGUCUACAACUCAACUGUCCCACAGAUCCAGUUUAUCCACGGCAUGAAGAUGCUCAAGAUGCAAAACGCCAUGCAUCAGGGCCAGCUGAGUCUCAUGUACCAAGGCAUGAACUCCAUGGCGGCUAUCUCUGGAACGACGGAUGGGUAUCUACAUGGGAACAGCUCUCUUGGAUAUUAUGAGACUGAGCACGGUGCUACGGCUGCGCAGAUGAUGAACAAUAUGCAUUCUGGCAUGGCAGAUGCAAACAAUGGGGGUGAUUGGAUGCAGAUCGCGAGGUUGCAGGCUAUGUGGAUGGAGGUGGAGUGA